AUGGCUUUAGCUAGAAGUAUCAGACAUGUGGGCCGAACAUGGAGGUCUAUCCACACUGCUGCAGCUCUGCGAGGAGGAGACGGCCAACUGUUUGUGCACAGAGACAGCUCAGUCAACAAUCCCGACACUCCAUUCACCUUUACUCAAGACAAUCUCAAACGUAUUGAGGCUAUUCUAGCCAACUACCCAGAGGGCCACAAGGCAGCUGCAGUCAUUCCAGUGCUGGACCUGGCACAACGACAACAUGGAUGGCUCCCCAUUUCAGCCAUGAACAAUGUAGCUGAACUACUCAACAUUUCUCGAAUGCGAGUCUACGAAGUGUCUACCUUCUACACCAUGUUCAAUCGUAACCCAGUGGGUAAAUACCACAUCCAAGUGUGCACCACUACUCCCUGUAUGCUGUGUGGUGCCAACGACAUUGUGAAGACAAUAUCUUCCAAGUUAAACAUAGGAGUUGGUCAAACCACUGAAGAUAAUUUAUUUACGAUGGGCGAAGUGGAGUGUCUUGGAGCUUGUGUAAACGCACCCAUGGUACAAAUUAAUGACAACUACUAUGAAGAUCUGACGACUUCCGAUAUGGAGAACAUUUUGGACCAGUUGAAGUCUGGGAAGGAACCCAAAGGUGGACCCUACAAUGGACGGUUUGCUGCUGAGCCUAUCACAGGUCUCACCACCUUGACCACACCCCCUACAGGACCCGGAUUUGGAAUCAGAGACGAUCUUUAGUUGAUUAGUGACGACUCUCUUAGAUUGUUUAUUCUACUGUGUAUUGUAUUGUAGAUGUAUUAUUUUUGUUCUAUACACUCUCCUUUCAUUGUGAACUGUUUGUAAUGACAACCUUUUCCCUUUAAAACA